CAUUGGUCUUAACAGUGGAACAUUGUAACAACUCUCCCCUAGAUGCGGCUUGAAAGCGACUGAAGCCGACGCAGGAGCCUCAGGAGCCAGCCAUGUGAGACUGUGAGAACACUGGUGAACAUGGCGGAUGCUUUUGCGAUUUCGCUCAGUGUUUCCACGUGGUAUUUGACUUCAUUUGGGACUCUUCUGCUGAACAAGUACUUGAUGGGAUAUCGGCAAGUACAGCCAAACACCUUGGCAGCGGUCCAGAUGGUGUCCACCGCCAUCUAUGGAGCCUUAAAGACACUGAAACUCAGCGACUUGAAGCGCUUGGCCCGGGAGGCCCAAAGCUUCUUGGAUGGAGAAGAAAAGGCCAAGGCCAAGGGGAAGGUUGCUGCUGAUCCUGAAUCCCCAGAUGUGGCUUGCGACCACUUGGAUGGCUCCAACAAGGGACGGCGGUGGAGACGCAGUUUGUUGCAAAUGAGCUUUGUGGGUGUGAUGAGGUUUUCCACAGUUGUCUUGGGCCUGGUGAGCUUAAAGUACGUGGCGGCUUCUUUCACCGAAACCAUCAAGGCCUCGGCACCCUUCUUCACGGUGAUCAUCGCUUACGUGAUGCUAGGUGAAAAGACCAACAUCUUGGUCGUGGCAUCUCUAGUUCCUGUGGCUGGUGGUUUGGUGCUUGUUUCUUCCACUGAACUCUCCUUCAACAUUGUAGGUUUCGCGGCUGCUGUUGCGACAAACAUCAUUGAAUGUGUUCAAAAUGUCUUCAGCAAGAGGUUGUUAGGCAGCGAGUACACAGCUUCUCAGCUGCAGUUUUACACCUCGCUCACCGCCUUGGUGAUGCAGGCGCCGAUCUUCCUUUUGACGCACGAAGCAGCUCACGGGCAUGACCUUGGGCAUGCCGUGGAGCACGUCAACGUCACAUUUGCUUCAUUGGAAGAGAGCAUCACUGGAUCUCUACCGGAACGUAGUCUGGUGCUUCUUCUUUGGAUUGAUGGAGUUCUGUAUCAUGUUCAAUCCGUCAUUGCCUAUGUCGUCAUGUCUUAUCUCUCCCCUGUCACUGUGUCGGUAGUGAACACCUUGAAGCGGGCAUUGAUCAUUUGCAUCAGCAUCCAGGUGUUUGGCAAUCGCGUCACAUUGUUGACGCAAGUGGGCACUGGGAUUUGCCUGUUUGGGGUCUUGUGCUACAACUGGAUGAAAAGCAGCCAGUCAGCGAGUCGGGCGUAGAAAAAGGAACUUGGAACGCG